AUGAUAAACCUUCCAAUAGAUGUAACAGCUAAUCAAAUUUUUAAUGCUCCAAAAUCAAAAGAUCCAAAAACCAAACGACCAAUGUCAGAAGAAGGACAACACUAUCAAGAAAAAAUCCCAUUACCUCCACUGUAUAAAAGAAACAUACUUCAAAACUGCAAAAUGUGCACAAAAAAACACGUUAGGAAACAAACCCAGUAUCAAUGUAAAGCUUGCAAUGUUUUACUGUGUCCUGGUUCAUGUUUUGAAGAUUAUAUGACAUCAGUACAUCACCAUAUCAAUUUGAACCAACGAAAUCAGAUUUCUGCGAUGACUAUGAUUCUUUUAAUACUAACCAUAAUUAAUUUAGCCAAUGCUUUGGUAGAUCAUUGCUUCAAAUAG